AUGGGUGACGCAAACAUCAAGGCCAGCCAGUGGAGACUCGUCGAGGUCGGCCGUGUCGUCCUCUUCAGCACCGGCAUCCACGCCCAGAAGCUCGCCGCUGUUGUCGAGAUCAUCGACCACAAGCGCGUCCUUGUCGAGGGUCCUUCCUCCGACCCCAAGGUUGCCGUCCCCCGCCACUCCGCCGCCCUCUCGGAUCUCUCUUUGACCCCCAUUGUCAUUGAGAAGCUUCCCCGCGCCGCCGGUCACACUGCCCUCAAGGCUCUCUGGGAGAAGGCUGGUGUUGACAGCACCUGGAACAACAGCGCCUGGGCCAAGAACCGCGAGCGCUCCGUCAAGCGCAAGCAGCUCACCGACUUCGAGCGCUUCAAGGUUAUGCGCCUGAGAAAGCAGGCCCGUUUCGAGGUCCGCAAGCAGUUCGCCGCUGCCCGUGCCCAGUCCGCCAAGGCAUAG